AUGGAUUUCCUUCAUAGGAAUGGAGUGCUCGUUAUUCAGCGUUUGCAGAAGGACUACCGAGCUUACUACAAUUUUCUAAAUUUUAUGUCCAAUGUUGGCGAUCCCCGGAAUAUUUUUUCUAUUUAUUUUCCACUUUGGUUCCAACUUAAUCAGACAGUUGGAACCAAGAUGAUAUGGGUAGCAGUCAUUGGGGACUGGUUCAAUCUUAUUUUUAAAUGGAUAUUGUUUGGUCAUCGGCCUUACUGGUGGGUCCAAGAAACUCAAAUUUCUCCAAAUCAUUCAAGUUCGUGCCUUGAACAGUUCCCCACUACAUGUGAAACAGGUCCAGGAAGUCCAUCUGGCCAUGCAAUGGGCUCAUCGUGUGUCUGGUAUGUCAUGGUAACGGCUGCCCUAAGCCACACUGUCAGUCGGAUGGAUAAGUCAUCUACCACUCUGCACAGACUGACCUGGUCAUUUCUUUGGAGUCUUUUUUGGUUGAUUCAAAUCAGUGUCUGCAUCUCCAGAGUAUUCAUAGCAACACAUUUUCCUCAUCAAGCUAUUCUUGGAGUAAUUGGUGGCAUGCUGGUGGCAGAGGCCUUUGAGCACACUCCAGGCAUCCAAACAGCCAGUUUGAGCACAUACCUGAAGACCAAUCUUUUCCUCUUUCUGGUUGCACUGGGCUUUUACCUGCUUCUCAGACUGCUUGACAUUGACCUGCUGUGGUCUGUGCCCAUAGCCAAGAAGUGGUGUGCCAACCCGGACUGGAUCCACAUUGACACCACACCUUUUGCCGGACUCAUGAGAAACCUUGGGGUGCUCUUCGGCUUGGGCUUUGCAAUCAACUCAGAGAUGUUCCUUAGGAGCUGCCGAGGGGAAAAUGCCUACAAGCUGAGCUUUCGGCUGCUUUGUGCUGUGGUCUCGUUGAUCACACUGCAGCUCUAUCAUUUCAUCAAGAUCCCCACUCAUGCAGAGCAUUUAUUUUAUGUGUUGUCUUUCUGUAAAAGUGCAUCCAUCCCACUGACUGUGGUUGCUCUGAUUCCCUACUGUAUUCAUAUGUUAAUGAAACCAAGGGAAAAGAAGAUUAAUUAGAGUUGUACAGGGGGUUAGUGCUCUGUGGCUCCAGCCGGACCCUCCUACUCCAUCCUGCAGCAGAACGACUGCUAGGGGCAGACUGGAGGCUUCCAAGCAGAGGCCACAAAAUGGUGGCCACUGGCCCCAUCCCACUAUACCUAUGUUAAGUUUGGCCUUCACAGUGGCCUCUCCCCACCCCAAUUUAAAUUAGUUGCCAGCAUUUGAAAACCAGAAUAUUUGAUAUAAAAAAUCUGAAUUUCUGUAUUUUCUUGAAAAAUCUGACAAUAUGGCACCUCAGGGCCUGCAUUCCCUCCUAGAAACAAUCUGUUGUUGUUGACUGAUUGUCCCCAGUAAGAAGCAGCAUUCUCUAUUUUCUCACAGUCUGUAGUACCCCAAGAGGAGCCUCAGUCUCAGUUACCUUUACUGUACGAAGGUCAGGUUGCUUAUGGCUCCUGUGUGCAUUUUAGUGGGAGCCCCAUUAAAUACAAUCCCCUCAGUUUUCAGAUGAGGAGAAGGAAGUUCAUUCAGCAGGAAGCACUUGCUGUCAUCACACCACUGUCAGAACAGGAAUUGAAACCCAUAUGUUUGGUUCUGACAUACGUUUCCAUUAUACUGUUUUGUUUCUUCAUUUUUAAGAAGUCAAAGUCUGGGGGCACCUGGGUGGCUCAGUCAGUUAA